CUUUUCUGUCUGCUACAGCUCGUUCACGCCCUUCUUGGGGAUGACAGAGUAUUCUGUUUGGGCGCCAGUUAUUGGAGGCAGGUUUAAGAUGGCAGAUCGGUAAUGGCCUUUCGGCCUCCCUUAUCCACUCUAACUGGAUCCCAAGGCUUCAGUUGGAUCCCCCUUGCUACAAUCCCCGGGUCCUGACAAAUGGAAGGGAUCCCUUGGUGGUGGAGGUUAUUUGGCAAGGGGAAGGGAGUUGGGCGGAGGAUAAGCUUAGUCAAUGGUUUGAUCCGUCUACCUGUCGAGCCAUUAUGGCUAUCCUUCUUCCGAGAGAGAAUUUAGAGGAUAAACUGAUCUGGCAUAAUACUCCUGAUGGGGUGUUCUCGGUUAAGACGACCUAUCAUUUGGCAGUUGAGCUUGAUAGGAGGAGGGGUGGGUGGCGGGCCUCGGUUAGUUGGAUGGAUAGGCAAAGCUGGAUCCGGCUAUGGGAAGCAAAGAUUCCUCCUAAGCUGAAAGUCUUUCUCUGAAAAAUUCUUCAACGGGCUUUGCCGACCACUGAGGCUCUCAUUGAAAAGAAGGUUCCUGUGUUGCCCCGUUGUCCGGUUUGCUGGGAUGGUCCCGAAACUAUGGAGCACAUGUUUCUUUACUAUCUGGUCGCGCGGGCUCUCUGGGACUACUCGAGGUUGGACUAUUUGGGGGAGGGUUUGCCUCGGCACACAUUUCCGUUGUUUCUUAAGCGACUGCUCGCCCUUGUCCAUCACCCAUCGCUGUUUAUGGCUGUGGUUGCCAUCCUUUGGCGGAUCUGGAGAUCGCGGAACUGAGUUGUCUUUGAAGGCAAACAAUUUGGGAUUCCAGCCUUAAUGCGCCAAUUUCACCAGCAGUACGAGGAAUGGGUGGGUCCGCCGGUCGACCCGCCGCCGAGGAUAGCCUGCCCGGUGGUUCAACCAGAGACCCAAGUGGUAGAUUCUCGAUUGGUUUGUAUGUGGGAUGGGGCCACUAGGAGGGGGUCCCACUCGGCUGGUGGGAUGGUUCUUGUCGAUCCAGGGUGGACGCUCCUUCGGGCUAAAGGUGUGCGGUUUACGCAAAUUGAUGAACCAUUGGUAGUGGAGUUGCUUGUGCUUCGGGAGGGUAUCAUAUGGUGUCUAGAGUGUGGUUUGUGUGAAGUUAGGUUCGAGGGUGAUGCGAAGGUCAUUAUUGACAAGAUUAAUCAAGCCGAUACGAGCGUCAGUCACUUGGGGGGCAGUCCUGGAAGAGAUUUGUAAGUAUUUUCAUGCCCAUCCGGGCUUUAGUGUGCGGUUUGUAGGUCGGGAGAACAAUAGGGUAGCUCAUUCGGUAGCUAAAAAAGCCCUCUCUUUGUACCCGACUAUAAAUCGUUUCUUUGAUUUCAGGGCCUGACUGGUAUCCAGGAUGUAACUAUCUUCUUGAUUUGAUUAAUAUAUGAUAUCUUUUAUAAAAAACAUAUUCACAUGGAAAAAAACCUCUCGCCGAAAAUUCUAUUGGUGAACUUUCAAGUUUGGUUAUGUACCGGGUUUAAACUCAUUGAUUUGAACCUUUUAUAGAUGACAAUGUUAAAAAGAAAUAUAACUUUAGAUUCUAAAUACUCGUGUUCUUUGUCUCUUUCUACUGUUACAUUGCGUUAACUAUGGUAAUCAUGGUUGUCACACCGGCCGGCGUGCCACCGGUUGUACCGGGUUUAACCGGUACCGGUCAUAAAACCGGCGUGACACCACCGGUAUGAUCGACAUGAUCGAUAUACGAAUCUCUAAGCAAAAUGAUUUUAUUUUAGAGAAUUUAAUUAAUAAAAUUUAUUUUAUUAUUUAUUUUAUGAGUAUAAAAGUUAAAUAUUGAUGUUAUUUGUUGGAUUCAAGUAUAAAUGCUUAGGUAUUGACAUUAAAUGUUAUGUUUAAAUAUGAGUAUUUAUAAUUUUAUUUGUAAUAUUGACCGGCAUGAACCGGAACAAACCGAUAUGUGCCACCGGUUGAACCAUUCCACUUGCUAAACCGGCACACUGGCAUAAACCGGUUUGACAACCUUAAUGGUAAUCAAACUAAAUAUGGCUUGACUUUAACGUAGGUUUCUCAGCCGCCACCAUCUAAUGCUGGCCUUUAAGAAAAAAAAUGUGUUACAUGCAAGAACCGACUAUGGAUCACGGUGGUGAGUGAGAUCACUAGGGCUAAAAUUUCUGCUAGAAUUUGAGCCCAGAUCUGGUUUGCUUGCGAGCCUGGACCCAGGCCCAAGCGUAACCUUGAACAAGGAGACUGGAUCUUACGAGAUUCUAAUCUGCCUCAUGCAACACUUCGGGUCCAAGCCCAAACUUAUCUGUCACACCAAAAGGGUUCAGCUCCAUUAUGGACCAUAGACCAAAAAGACAAAACAUGCACCGCAGUUACUUCUAUUUCAGCCAGAUUCGCAUGUUCGAUGAGUUCCCUCACGGGUAGUUCUCAUAAAUUGUCAAGAACCUAUUCACUUUGUACAAAACGGUAAUAAUUCUUUAAUUUUGUAUGUUUCGAUAAUAAAAGUUAAAGCGAAUA